AGUUUGUUGCUGACGGUAUCUUCAAAGCUGAGCUGAAUGAGUUUCUGACUCGUGAACUGGCUGAAGAUGGGUACUCUGGAGUAGAAGUCCGGGUCACCCCAACCAGGACUGAGAUUAUCAUACUUGCCACCAGAACUCAGAAUGUCCUGGGUGAGAAGGGACGCCGCAUCCGGGAGCUGACCGCUGUCGUGCAGAAGAGGUUUGGAUUCCCUGAGGGAAGCGUUGAGCUCUAUGCUGAGAAGGUGGCCACAAGAGGUCUGUGCGCAAUUGCUCAGGCAGAGUCCCUGCGGUACAAGCUCCUGGGAGGUUUAGCUGUGCGUCGGUGACCUGCUAUGGUGUCCUCCGCUUCAUAAUGGAGAGUGGUGCCAAGGGCUGUGAGGUGGUUGUGUCUGGCAAACUCAGAGGUCAGCGUGCCAAGUCCAUGAAGUUUGUGGAUGGCUUGAUGAUCCACAGUGGAGACCCGGUGAACUACUACGUUGACACAGCCGUGCGUCACGUCCUUCUCCGGCAGGGAGUACUGGGAAUCAAAGUAAAGAUUAUGUUGCCCUGGGACCCAAGUGGAAAGAUUGGCCCCAAAAAGCCUCUGCCAGACCACGUCAGCAUUGUGGAACCCAAAGAAGAGAUCUUGCCCACCACCCCCAUAUCAGAGCAGAAAGGUGGCAAACCAGAACAGCCAGCAAUGCCUCAGCCGGUUCCCACUGCGUGAGGGGUUUUGUAACAUCUGUGACCAGAAGCUGGACUGUCCUGAAAACAUCUCUUAAUAAAAUCACAAAAGACAGUG